CAGAACACCAAGAAAAUAGACGCAAAGAGCCGUAAAGGUAUAUUUAUAGGGUACGACAGAGGUAGCCCAUCUUACUUGAUAUACUAUCCGGAAUUAGACAAGAUAGAAAAGGUACGUUGUGUCAAAUUCAUUGACAACUUCCAAGGCAAAGACAAUAAACUCAACGAUCUUGAUGAGUUUGUACCCGACAGAAAACCUUCGAGUACUAGCAAUGAAAACCCCAAAAUGCCGAGUACAGUUGAGGAGAGCUCGAAUAAUCUCGAAACAAUCAGCGAAAAUGUAACAAACAACACCGAGGUGGUUGCCGAGGGAGAUAGGUAUCCAACAAGAGUUCGCAAUAAGCCAAAUUAUUUCGAUCAAAGCAAAUUAGAUGACACAUUAGAUCCAUGUGUGUAUGUGCGUACAAUAGAUGAUGAACGAUGUGUGAUCGUAAUCGUUUGGGUAGACGAUAUCAUAAUCGCCUCGAGUGAUUCAAAUUCACUACAGAGCGUGAAAAAGUCUCUUAAAGAAAGGUUUAAAAUGACCGACCUAGGGAUUCUAAAAUGGUUUUUAGGCACUGAAUUUCAAUGCAGUGAAAACACAAUUAAAAUGAAUCAAACCCGGUACAUUGAAAAGAUUCUUGAGAAAUUCAAAAUGACCGAUUGUAAGCCAAAGCCGACGCCGUGUGAGUUAGGAGUAGACAAAGUUUUGGAAGUGGAAUCUCCUGAAAUGGAGGACCCCGGGCUUUAUAGAGCUAUAGUAGGUAGUCUCAUAUAUGUAAUGACUGGCACUAGGCCAGAUCUGUGUUACAUCGUGACAAAAUUGGCACAGAAAAUGUCAAAACCAACCCAGGCAGAUUUAACUAAGGCAAAGCACGUUUUGAGAUAUCUAAAAGGUACUUCAAAAUUUGGUCUAACGUUCACAAAGUCCAUUAACCCCCUCAUUCUUCAAGGUUUUUGCGAUUCAGAUUGGGGAGCAUCUAUCGCAGAUAGACGGAGUAUAACAGGAUACAACUAUCAACUAGCGCAAAAGGGACCGUUGAUAUCAUGGAAGAGCGCAAACAGCCGACAGUGGCACUAUCCACCUGUGAAGCGGAAUAUAUUGCAUUGA